UUAUGCAGGCGGGGCUAGCUGGAGUAUCAGGAACUGUUUGUGGAAAAACCGGGGUUCUCGCAGUAUUUCAUGAAAUAGAUAUUAAUGAAAAUGCCUCUUUUCAUCAACAACGAAAAAGUUCAGCUUUUUAAUACCACUGUCAAGUUAUUUAGAAGCUAUCCUCUACUGAAGGACAGUGCUAAGGUAUUCCGCGACAGGCUGCCAGAGACUGCUGUUGACACAAAAUGCCUUCUGUACGUUAAGCAGAGGGAGUUUGCUGCCACGACCCCGUCUGACUGUUCUGUCACUGUGAUCGGAUCUGAUGAUGCCACAACCUGCCACAUAGUGGUGCUCCGACACACAGGAAGUGGAGCGACGUGCCUGGCCCACUGUGACGGUUCCAGCACGUGGAGUGAAGUGCCCUUGAUCGUCAAGGCGGUGAGGUCGUUAACGAAGAGCGCAGAGGAGGGAAGACUGGAGUUGCACCUUUUCGGGGGUUUUGAUGAUGAAAGGCACAAUUCCCACAAGCUCAGCCUUAACCUCCUAGCAGCUUUCAACAAGCAGAAUGAAGAUAUUCACUUGGAAACGUGCUGCAUCACUGAGCUGAAUGACAUUGUGGUGGAAGGAAUUCACAGGCCCGUGGUGUAUGGGAUAGGGGUGAAUGUGAAAACGGGGGAGGUGUUCCCGGCUACCUUUUCACUCAGAGGUCCAGAGGAUGAUCUGCGGUCAGCCAGGACCUUCACUGGAGGACAGAUGGCUGAUGUCUACGAUUCUAGUAGAGAGCUGGUGACGAUUGGACCGUGCAAGUGGUCUCCGAACCUGGACAUUGACUUCUGGCUGGCACAGGAUGAUGAGACGAUAUUGCAGUACAUGUCCACGUCUCCUCAAGUGGAGCCCCCUCACUUCGUUUCCCACAUGAAAGCCACGAUACAAUUCCUCCUGGAGAACCCCAAUUCUGAGGCUCUUUUCCCAGGGGGAGCACCCCGAUUCUACCAGAGGACCUCUGAGGGAGUGUGGGAGAGGCAAGCCGCCUGCUAGCAUCAGUAGGAACCUUCUCAAGAGGCCUCGGAUGGAGGAUGCAUUAUGGUAUCCACUCGCUGCAGUUUGAAUUUCUAUUUAAUCACACACGAUGAUGCUUGCGAACACAUUGUGUAACUAAGCUUGUAACAAAACCCGGACUGAACAAACUCCAAUGCUGGACUUUUUUUUUUUUUUCCAAGAUGACCACCAAACAAACCUUUCCACCUUUCCAGGAGUCUGCGCCAGGAUUUCCAAGGCAAAGAUUGUUUUAUUUAUUUUUAUUAAUUGGAAGGUUUGGCUAUCUUUGUGUGGAAAGGUUCCUCAGUACAUUCUAAUGAGCAGUGCAAACUGUGAGGACAGACAGUAUACAGGUUGACAAAUUGAAAAUGAACAGGGAAUAAAAUAGCACGUAUCAGUUUUGUA